UACCAAGGUACCAAUCCAAAUACAUAUACUUGAAGGAUAUGGCUGCGGCUGGAAAUAACACGUGCACCAAUGGUAGCAUGGAUUAGAGGCUAGCAGCAAAUUACAAAGACGCGUGUAACUUCCGCAGCCGGCCAACACUAAGUACAUGUUAGCACUGUGUAGUGUACAUGUCGGUGCAACUUCACUGAACGACAAAGAUUGCUGUCUGAUUGCUCGGAGAAAAUAAGGGGUGCAUCUUUACAUUGUCGUUUCUUUUGAUCAGAUCCUCAGAAGCAUUAAAUUGCCCCGUUAUCCUUGGUUGAAUCCUUGACAUCAUUGAAAUGAGCCAUUGAAAAUACAAUGCUACUCCCUCCAUGACCAUGGCAUGCCAUGGUUGCAUCAUCAGCAGUCCAUGAAGUGGGUUGCUAUAGCCCAGGCUAGUAAGUUAGUAAGAGCAUGGGUGUAACUUGUAGACAGUGAACAAUUUCAUUUUCGGUGUGACAGUUGAAUAUGCAUUAUGUGAACAUACGUGUAUUGGGUUCUUCAAGACAAAUUCUAGCACAGCUUAUUGAGAUUUUUGACAAGCCAUUUGUGGAGGCUAGUGUCGAGUGAAAGAAUGGCAGGCUUCCAACAAGCCGCUUUCCCCCUCAUCAAACUCGCCUCACUGGCCGUGAAACAGAUCAGUAAACCUCUGGCCAAACGGAUUCAGAUGAUGGCCAAAACAAGACCGUUUAUGCGCAAAUACAUUUGCAUCCCACCAGCACAAUUGCAUCACUGGAUGGAAGUCAACCUGAGGAUGAAAAUACUUGGUCUUGGCAAAGCCUCUUCAGUCCAACCUCUCACGGAGGAGGCAGCUGUUGAACUAGGAGCGGACAUCAUUGGCGAGACGUUCCUCUUUGUGGUGGCCGUGGGGACGAUAGCAUUUGAGUAUUACCGCCUGCAGCGGAAAGAUCAGAAACACGAAGGGGAGCAGACGGCGGCCAUUUCUACGUUGCAGCAGAGAGUGGAAGAGCUGGGCAUCACUGUGGAAGAGCAAGACGCAAGGAUACGGGAACUGCACAGACAAGUGGUUGGGUUGUCUCCGGCGAAAAAAUGAUGAAGUUUAGAAGUGCUCAGAAUUCCUCUGUCUAAAGCAUGGAGAAUAAAAUCAGACUUACUUUACCCUUGUUUGCAAAAUUUCCCAAUGUUUUCAUGAGGCAAAAUACAAGGUGUCCUGUAGGGGCGUGCAUUUAUGGGUAUUUUUGGAACCGAGCACCAGUUUUAUGUCAAUACCGGAUAUCCGGUAUACCCUUACAUUAAUCCUGGCAGACCUCCACCUUUUUAUUAAACAAAAUUGUUCCCUAAGGCUUCAGUUUGUAACAAAAGUAGCUCCAUCAAUCUUUGAACCAGAGUGAGGACCAUUGGACCAGGUUUUUCAGCAAUUCUGCCGUUCACUUUUAAAGCUCACACACAUUUUAUGCGUGGAAUUUUUUACAGGUACCCGGCCCAAAAAAUGGAAUCGGGUUUUGAUAUCGACGGGCUGGUACCCAACACAGGCCUAGUCUCCUGUUAAGUUUGAGGUCUCAACUCCAUUCAAAAGUUGCCUCUCUUUUCCUGCCUUGCAUGUUUUCACUACCUUAAGUUUCGGUUCUCCAUUUAUACCACUCACCACAAAAAUGGAAAGUGACUAACCUACAUAACUGCUGGUUCUGCUCUUGGAAAUACAAGCUCAAUUUUAGCCACGCAUGUUUAUGCAUUUAAAAAACUUGGCCUCUUCCCUUGAGAAACAACUAUUUUUGAACCAGUGACAGUCAUUUGAGAGCAUUUCCCCAAGAUUCGCAUCUUAGACAAAACAAAAAUUAGACCUUAGACAAAAAUUGAUCCUGUAUCCUAAAGGGAUAUGACAAGGACGUUGACACAAUGAUUGGUGUACCUUUAUAUAUUCAAUUUUCCUUUUUUAUGAGAAUUACCUCAGAUCUUUUCUCGCAAAUUUCAAACCGACCUUCCUUAAACGAAACUCACUUUUACUUGCAAGCAAUAAAAAAAAUACGCCUAAUUGGCACUCCGUAUUUCACACCUUGCAGUAUGGGCCAGCUAUCAAAAGUCUGCACGGUGGCAAACUGCUAUUUCUGGUGUCAGCAAUGAAAGUGCAAACAUGGAUCAGGAACCAGAUUUGUUGAGGGGUGAACAGUUUGUGAAAAUAAUGUUUUAUGGCAUUUUUAAGAGGGAUUAGGCCAUAUUUUGGUGCUUUUUACACAUUUUUUAGAGGAAGGAAAAAGAAAUAGACCACUGAAUAAAAUAUUGCCUUUCAUUAUUUUCAAUUGUUGACCCCCCAGGGGUGGGAUCGGCCCAGUCAUCCCUCCCAGACCUCCCCCCAGGUUAAUGGGCAUCUGUAAUGUCCUGACACUUAAACAAACAGUGAUUGUUUCAGCAAGUUAGAAACCAAGCAAGUCAACUGAAAACGUGGCGAGCUGCAAUCAGAAAGGAUCCAGUUCUUGACAUUAAUGCAAAAACAUUAGAAACAGACCAAGAUCUUGUAAUAAUGUUACUUCCAAUGUCUCUUCGAUGACUGUUCCCUCCCAGACACAAAUGAAGUAACUUUGAUGUUGCAAAAACACGCAACUAACCAAGUUGUAACUUGCAAGUUGUAGGACAAUUCCUGGCUAGGUUACCAAUGCUAAGAACCUCAUAAUUCACAACAAAUUAUGUACAUAUCUGAAAUGCCUGGCUUUGGAAUAAAAUGAAAUUUGUACAAUAAAUGUAGAAUAUCAGACUGAAGAAUGAACAGACGGAAGAGUUAUCAGGCUUUGUGUAAUUUUGAAUCGUGUUAUGACUAUACUGUGUGAUUGUUCCAGCUGGAAGACUGGAGUUCAAGCACAAUGGAUGGGCGAGAUGGCAGAUAAAUAAUUCCACGUUGCUCAUGGCCUGUAAUACAUGUACCUUCAAGAUUCAAGGGGAUGGCUAGGGCCUUUUGGUUUUUUUUAUCCUGACCUCUGCAUUCCUCAAAGGUUCUUUGUCAUGCAAACACAUAUUCAAAGCUAUGUGAAGUCUUGGUUUGCAUAGAUCUCAAGAUACACUAAGCCUGACUGGACUUCCUGUUCAGUUCUUACAGUCAUCAAUAGGAAUGUAAUAAGCCACUUGCGAGUUAAAUUUGAAUAAAUCCGGUAAUCUGGUAUCUGUGUUAUCUGAUUGCAUAGAAA